AUAGUUAAACUUUAUUGAGCUCUUUGUGCAGCAAGUUUCUGUCUUUCUGCAGUGUUUCAAGCGUGCGGUAUCACACGUAUUCGCACAGUCUGGUGAAAUCUGGAACAUUAAGUUUUGUGUGUCGUAAUAACAUAAUGGCGGAUUCUACUUUAGAUGAAUUCUUUGCUAAGAAAGAUAAAAGCAAAAAGGGUAAAUCUAAAGCGAAGUAUACUACGUCAGAAACUAUAGCUAAAAAAUUAGAAGAAGGAGGUAAAAAGCCAGAUUCAAUACAGAAGAAAGAUACGAAGGAAAAAACUCCUCUUAAUUCUAAUAAUCAAUCAAUUAUUAUACCAUCAAUAAUAAGUGAACAAGAAGAUGAUGAGUGGAAGAAUAUUGAAGAAAAGGAGAGAGAUUAUUCUGGCCUUAGAAUACAAGCACUUUCUAUUAGUGAAAAAGAAAAAGAAGAAGAACAGUUAAAAGAGCAGAUGCUUUCAGAACAAAAUGGAGAAUCACAGAAGCAAUCUGAUGGCCAGUCAGGUCCAUGGAAAGUGGUUCAAAGUCCUCCCUCAGAACCUGAAGAAGAAAAAUUUCAGCAAGAGCCACCUAAAGAAGAACCUCCAAAGCCAACUGGUGCAUACAAGCCUCCUGCUCUUAGAAAUGCUGCAUCGUCUGUGUCCUCUGGCUCUGGUGCAUCUAGUAGAAGAACACACAAAAAUGCACCUCAGAUCACCAGCGAGCUACAUUUUCCAUCACUUUCCUCAGCAGUGGAUAAUAAUAAAUGGAAAUUAAAUGAAUCUGAUAAAAGUUUCCAGUCUGUCAAACAUGGAGUGCGCUCUAAAGGUGAAUCACAAAAAGAACUACAGCUUGAUUUAGAAAAUAAGUUCUCUGCCUUACAUCAAGGAGAGUAACCCAGGAUAGACAUCUAGCCCAAUUUCUUUGACUGUUUUACACCAACUUCAGAAUAAACCGUAUAAAUAAAAGAAUUAAGACUAAAGAAAUUUAUUCUCAUAUCAGACUAUGAUAUUUGACUAUAAAAAACAGCAGUUUCCAUACAAAAAAAAAAAAAAAAAAAAAAAAAAAAAAAAAAAAAAAAAAUACAAAAGCAAAGUCUUAUUUACUGUGAAUGUUUCCAAACUAAAAAAUUUUAAAGAAUUGAAGACUGUGUGCACUGUCAUUUUUGAACAGAAGCUAAUACCUCCUCCACUUAUGAAAAAUUACUUAUAGAAGAUGCAGUUUCUUCUGGUGCUUUCAAGAUUAUUUGUGAAUUAAAGGAACCCUCAUCUGUUUAUACUGUUUAAAAAGUCAAGUAUUUACUGAGAAUGUUAUGUGUGUGUGGUAGUUUUGUUAUGUGAAAAAAUGAUUUACAUGUCUGUAUUUUUUACGUCUGAAGAUAGUCAAUUACUGAUUCUGGUAUUGAGAACAUGCUUACGGUGGAAAGGUAACGAAACACUUCAGAAAGUGAGACAUAUAAAAGUUUUAUUUUGUAACAUAUGAGGAAAGCAUGUUCUUCAACAUGAUUAUAAAAAAAGUCAUCACAAGUGAUUCAUCAUUUUAGAACAUUUACACUUCAGAAAAUGUAUACAUUUUAAAAAAUGUGAUCCAAAAUUUAAUGCAAUUUUUAUGAAUAGCAGUUACACAUCUGUAUUCAAGUGAAAAGAUAAUUGUCAGAUUGCUAAUACUUUAUUUUAAAUCAUUCUGCAAAUUUUAUUACAGCUUAAAUUUGCAUAUAAAUAUUGGAUAUUUUUAAUUUUUCUUUCAUGAAAGAGGCAGCAUUGUUAUUUUGGGGUGGGGGGUCGAGAUUUUUUUUCAGCUACAUUUAUAACUCUUUUAUGUUUAUUAAUUAUUGUUACUUCUUCAAAACAUAUUUUGCAUGUGACUAGUGUUAUAUUUAUCACUUGUGAAAGUAGUCCUAGUAGCAUCAGUAUAAGACCAUGUAAUCAUUUAAUGUAUAUUAAUUUCAUAUUGUUUGUGACAAAGAAUUUGAAAUGAGUACCAAAACCUGAAUUUUAAGAGAUUAAAUAUUAGCAUAUUUUUGGUUUAUUAGUUUUAAUAAUUUUUUGGUUAUUUAUCUAUAUAAAUGGAGGUGAUUUUGCUUUUGAGCUUUCAGAUAUGUUUCUAAAUUUUUAGACCAUAUAAUAUCAGUGAAGCUAGACAUUAUGAAAAUACUUUUAUUUUUAAAUAUUUAAAUGAAAAAUUUCAGCAGGCAGUAUACUGAUCUAUCUCCAUAACUGCCAUAUGCACUGCAACAAAUACAAUAAUUUAAAAUUCUUUGGUUCUUUUAAAAAGACAUUAGAGUCUUGUUUUAAAUUAAAAUAUAAAGCAAUCUUAGAGGAAACAAGUUUUUAGAAUGUAUCUAUUUUUUUAAUUUUCAAUGAAUGUAUUAUUUAUAGAAAUGUCUAAAAAUGAGUUUCCAAGAAAUUUUGUUAUGCAAAUUGUUUAAUUAUAGCUGUUUAGCAGAUGUCACUUUAUUCAUAAAAGGACAUAAAAUGCCUUAUCACAAAUGUUAAUUUUAAGCCAUCAUUAUUGCUAUAAGCCAUUAUCUGACCUAAGCAGACAGAAAAAAUAUUUUUGAAAGAAUAACUAAUAUAAGGCAUGGCUUAUUACUUCAUUUUAGGCAAAAAUAUACAGACAAGUAAAUUGAGUUUUCAUUCUGCACAAUUGUCACGAAAUCCAAUGAUUGCCUUUUCUCUCAUAAUUACUCCAUCUUGCAUAAAUAUUGCAAAAUUCUCAAUGCUUGCCUUUUCAUCCAUUUUAUAAAUAAUAUAAUUUUUAAAAAAUAUUCAAUUCCGAAUAAAAUUUCAAAACAAGUCAACAUAGUACUGGUUUGUCACAAUUCAAAAGCUAGCCACAUAUUCUGGAUUCUAAGAUAGCAUGCCAUCUAGUGAAUGUAACUGCAGUUAAAAAUUUUACACCUUUCCUAAUUUCUUGGAUUUCAGUGUUUUAGCAUCUCUUGUAAAGUCUCUGAAAUGAAAUGAUAGCUUUGAAGCACAAGUAUAUUCUUUCUUUUAAAUGCUUCUUUAUAAUUUUAUUUGAGAUGGUAAUUAAUACCUUUUGAAAAUAAUUUAAUACUCCUUUUUUAUGAAAUGAAUAUGUUUAGCAUCUAAUAUGCUUUUAAGAAUAUGGGGCUAACGAUUAAUACUCAGCAAAUGUGAUAAUAUAAUCAUUUUUUAAGAAAUGAUGAAUUAAUCAGUAAUCUUUUAAAAAGUUAUAACGAUUUAAUAUGCCUCUUUCAGAAAAUUAUUUAACAUUAGUAUUUGAUUGAAUUCUCUUAUAAGAAAGUGAUAAUUUAGUUUUGUGCAUGUUUGAAAUUUGAUAAUAGAUUGUUUACAUUCAUGUUUUAAAAAAUGAUUUGUUAAAAUCUGCUGAUAUCUGUACGUUGUUAUUCUCAUUAGAAAGCAAAUGUGUGACUAUCUAAUAGGAAUAUGUGCACUGAAGUAUUAAUUUUAGUUUUGAAGUAUUUAUAGAUCCUUGAUUAAUUGAUAUAAUUUUUCUCUUUCAUUUUACAUUUUUAAUCUUGAAAAGUUUUGAGACCUGGAUAAUGAUUGGUUAUUUCAUUGACAAUUUUUUCCAUAUUUAAAUAUGUACAUAUAUAUUCUCUAGAAAUUUUGUAUACAGUAAGCAAAAUAAAGUGGAAAUCUAACUUUUUAAAAUUUGUAAAAUAAUAUUAACGCCUUUCAUUUUACAAAAUGAGUAUUUGCAGCAUUUAUAGUUGUUGAAUAUAUUCCAUGUUUCCUUUACAAAAUGAACCUUUUAAUGAUUAAUUGGUGUUUAAAAGAAAGUAGCUUAAUAUAGGUGAUUUUGUAUUACCCUUAAAAAUUGUCACAAAUAAAAAUGAUUGGAUGGCA